AGAAAGUGUACACGUAGCUAACUAAUGGCAAGGAGGCCUACAAUACCGCGGAAGUGAAAAUGCCAGGCUCACAAAGUAGAAAAAAAUGAGCCAAGAACAAAAUGCCAAUGAAAGUGGACCAAGUGCCAAGAAAAUGAAACCGAAUGAUGAAGACAAUAAUCCAGCUGCUGUGAACGGAGAACAACAAUUGGCUGAUAUUUUUAAACUAAACAUCGACUGUUUCGAAGAAGUGUUCGACUAUUUAUCGCUGGGGGAUUUGGCAAACUUGGGUCAAACAUGUAAACGAAUGCAACGCAUAGCCGGUCAUUGUUUUCAACUAAACUAUGGAGCCGCACAAAUAAAAUUCAGUGGAGUUUUUUCUUUCCUUGGUGGUUUCAAGAUAGAUUGUUUUAAAGAUUUCUUUCAAAACGUAUUCCUUAUCAGAGAUGUUGAGAAUCAUAUGAUGAAUUUUGUAUCUGCAUUGAAACAUUCAGCAUCAAUCAAAAGAAUCGAAAUUGGUUAUUUUCGUUUAAGAAUGGCUCUGAUUACUGAAAUGAAAGAAAUUCUAAGUAAGGCUGAAAGCGUAACAAUAAAUGGUUAUGAUGAAAAUGGAAAUGAACUGGACACAUUAAUUGCUGCUUGCUCUCCAAAUGUUAAAUAUUUAUCCUUGAGUGAAAAACCAAAGAAACACGAAUGGAUGUAUCGAUUUUACCCAGCAUUGACACGCUUUGAUUGGGAAGAAAUACCAGAAUUAGAAACAUUCCUUGAACUUAACACAACAAUUAAUCAAUUAACUGUCAAUACGAAAAUCUUCUGGUCAAACAGAGAGUUAUUCAAAAAUUCAAACAUCAAAUUUGAUACAUUGUCGAUUGGUUAUGAUGGCAAAGUUGAAAUUCAAUUAUUUUGCCGUUUGCUAAAUGAGCUCUACGAGAUGGGAUUUUAUAAGAAACUUAAAUUUUUCGAUAAAUUAUCUACUCAUCAAGAAAUUAUCGAUGCGUUGGCUACAGUUAAAGGACUGGUAAAAUUUCGUGCCGCAUUGGAUAACUAUGGUGUUACCGUCGGUGCUUUGAGAAACUUGGAAGAACUUUGCGUCUUCGAGAGUCAUUCUAUUACUGAUCUGAAGUUAAUUCCACAUAUGCUUUCGAACCUGAAACGCCUUCAUUUCAUAACAGCCGAUUCUGAUUACAUUUUACCAAUUGUUCGCCAUGCAGAGAGAGUGAACAAAAUUAAAGUCAAAUAUUUUCGUUGUGGAUCACAUUUCGACGGAAAUAAUAAAAUUCUCGAUUUAUUGGCGUUGAAUAAGGAGCGUGAGAAAUUAGUUGGAGCGCGCAAGAUCACGAUCUACGUCGAGGAAAAUGUGUAUUUGGCAACGAAAUGGGCAAUAAAACACAUUGGUGUAACUAAUAAAUAA